AUGCCAUACCCAUCAACAGGCUCGGCCGUAAACACGCUCCUAACUGUAACGAGCACGCUGAUCCUAUCAGCAGAUAUCGAUGCGCACUCGCCCAAACUCGCUGCAGCCAUGCCCGAAAUACCUACGCCAGCGCCUACUUUGUCUGGUGACACUCGAACCCUGAGGUGGUACGAGAAGCCGGCAUGCACACCAGCAGCGGUCGGACUCUUCCUUUACAGCAUCGCCAGCUUGGUGUUGCUAAUGUAUUUGUGCGUCGGAGGCCGUCUGGACUCUAAGCUCAACAUCCAGCCCUCGAUCCGCAGCCGACGGCGAGAGCAGCAACGCCGACAGCGCGAAUAUUGGGAGCGUUACGAUUCGGAAGUGGCGCAAGCACCAACCUCCGUGCCACAGCGAAAUCGCAGCGACUCCAUUGUCACUAUCAUGGGCAAUGGGGACGAAGCAGAAAUCGCAGCCAUCCGUCAAGAGCUACGCGCUGCUGGCAUCGACAUCUCCGAACGCACGUUACGGGAGCAGCGACGCCGACAUGAUCAGCUUUAUGACGAGUUCGACGAGGCCAAUCGCAUCAUCACGUGGCCUGGAACUCAACAACCGACUGAUGCGGAAGUUGAAGCUGCGUACGAGGCAGAGCUGGAGCGGGUCCGGCAUAGGCGGUCUUUGAAUGAGGCUGGGUACCUGGCUCGCCUUACUCCUGAGCAGCGCCGAGCCCGAGCAGACGCUCAGAUCAUGGAGAAUAUGCGAGCGCUUGGAAUGUUGUGA